ACUGGACAAAUGUGAACGCUGCGAGAGUGUAGGUGAUGUGGCUCUAUUUCACGAUUGUCUGUUUUCUCUUUUCGUUGUAAAUGCCGAUUGAUCAGCUGAAGACAUCGUCUGUAACCUCGGAUAAUGCAAUCUUGUACAAAUUUAAUCACUCACAAACGCACGAAUAGGCAGUCAGAAGACUGUCUUUAAUGUUAUGGGAUAGACCAUGGAUGACCAUUCCAUGUGGAGUGUAGAGAUCAGCCUGAAUCAACAUGGCUCAGGAUCAAAGAUGGCUGCCAUACUCCAGGAGUCCCUCUACCAACAGAUGGAAGCACAGUCUGACAUGUGUGACGUCACACUCAUCAUUGGUGGCGUUGAGAAGAAAGCUCACUGGUGUGUGUUAGCCAUAUGUCCUUACUUCCAGUCUGUGUACAAAAGUGACAUGAAGGAAAAACUAGCAGGAAAGAUAACACUGGAUUUUGGAGAUCCUGCUGCUAUACGAUCAGCAAUACGCUUUUUGUACACUGGCAGAGUUGAAAUUACAGAUUCCAACAUUAAGGAGCUUCUACAGGCAGCAGACUACUUGCAGAUUGAGUCACUGAAGGAGCAGUGUAGUAAGUAUUUGCACUUCGGACCAGUCACGGUGAAGAACUGCGUAGGCCUCUGUCUGUUGGGAACCAUGUACAAUCUGGAGUACCUCUUCACUAGAGCCUUGAAAUUCCUGAACAGUCACCUGUUUGAGGUGUUGGAAGAGGAUGAAGUCUUGACGUUGACGUCAGAGUCUUUGAUGGAUUUUCUCACUAAUGACAGUUUGAGCUACGUACCGGUGGAAAAAUUCUUUUACUUUUUGGUCAGGUGGUUGGAGUGCGACCCAAAGCAAAGAGAUCAGUACUUUCCAGAUCUGUUCUGUCAGCUCAACCUGGCACGGGUCACAGAGGAAUUCCUCAGUAACGACAUUGAGAAAAACAGUUACGUUUUGAAGAGUGAGAAGUGUCUGGCUCACAUUUCAGACCACAAAGACAAGCUCCUAGCCGGAGUGAAGACUCAGGAGACCGUGGAGAAAGAUGUGAUUAUAGUCACAGGAGGCUUAAGGAAGGACUCCAUUUACGGCACCGAUGUCGUGGAUGCUGUCUAUGCCUACAUUCCUGUGGAGAAUCGCUGGGUUCAGUUGCCUCCCCUACCAAGGCGCGUGUCCAAACCGUUAGUAGCUUCAGAUGGCAGCCAUGCACUGUAUGUGGUGGACAGUGGCUCAAGGUUUGACAGUAAACAGCUGUUUUUUAAGUUCCAGCCAGACACAAUGGAAUGGUUUGAAAUGCGCGUGAGUCUUCCCCCUCAACUGAUCGACCCAUGUCUUGAACAGAUUGCCUGUGCUAGUGGGAAAGUUAUCGUGAUGGUCAGCAGUUAUACAAUGGAUGCUGGUGUGAGACGGUGGUGCUGCCAUCUGGUGGAGUUGGAUGAAACCAAAAAAGAGCUAGAGAUCAAGUGUCGUUUAUUCAACAGAGGUAUGACAUCUCAAUUCAGACUGACAACCACUGCAGGAAGGUACGUUUGUGUGUGUGCCUGGAAGCUCAAGGACAAAGUUGGACGCAAUCCGUCGGGACGCCAUCUUGCAAAGUUUGUGUGCUAUGAUGCAGAACUAGGUAUCCUAUUUGACAGGUCAAAAGGAGCUUUCUUUCAGCCUGUUAUGUAUGCCAUGAAGAAUGAGGUAGUGAUCGCAAAACCAGGGAAGUGCAAUGCAAGAUCUUUCAACACCAACUCCAGGAAGUGGCGACAGCGGCGGGAGUUUGGCCUCCCACUGAUGGCUGAAGAACCGGAACGGACAGACUUUUGUUAUUGUUAUCACAAAGGUCACCUGUACAUAUUUGGAGGUAAAAGUCAGGUGUCCAAGGUGCCUAUCAACUCAGCAGUGAGGUAUAACAUCGAGAAGAAGGAUUGUGAGAUGAUAGCAGCUAUGCCCAUAGCCGUGAUGAAUGCUGGCUGUUGCAUCAUGACCUUGCCCACUGACAUGCUUCGCUGUCACCUGGAAUGCCCUCACUGCGAGAUCAAGGGCCGAAGGCAGAUGGCCCAGUACCACCGUGACUAUUCUGACUACAGUGAUGACGAUGAGGAUGAAGAUGACUUUUAUGAUUAUGACUAUGACGACGAGAUUUAUGAAGAGUGGGACGAUGUCAACUUUGACAACUCCUCUAUCGAUGAUAACUUCGGUCCUCCACUGUAUCUGUAUUAAGCUGUAUUACCACCACAUGCAGUGAAGUCGUAUCAGUUGCAAAUCGUGUUUUGCAAUACACCCUAAGCUUUCAAUGCUGCCGGCACGGUGCUCUUGUUGUCUUUUCUGCCACUGUUUUAAUCACUGUACAUAGCUGAACAGAUGGAUGCAAGGACUAAUGAUUUUGAGUCUUUAAGUGCCAUUUUUCAUGCUAUCAUGUCCAGAGGUAUUCUAACAGUAAUUCAAUAUUCCAUGAUGUAUCAGCUAAUUCUAUCAUGAUAGGAUAAUGGAUAGACUGAUUGUUAAGAUUUAUUCAUCAUACUCGUUUCCUUUUUCUUGGCAAAGAUUUUAUUGCUUUUAAGUUUUUUUAUUUUCUAUGUCAUGUUCGUCGAUUAAACGGUUACAUUUUGUUUUGAUCAAAAAUAACUUUGUGCAGUAUGCUCCAGGUGAGAAAAUUUCGUUAUUGAAGUGAAAGAAUACAAAAAAAUUUAAGUCCGCAUUACAUGAAAGACAACUGAACAUUAUAUCCACAACUAACCUCACUUUUUGAGGGGAUGGUUUUUGACUGAAUAAAACGUGUUGUAAAUGUUUGGAUUUGGGAUAGGCUUCUUGGAUCACUUUAGGCAUCAUGACACUGCAAACCCAAAGGACUGAAAGGAAGGUCUGCCCGCAACAUGCUGAUGGUCUUGAGUCACGCCCCCACCCCCGCCUGGACUGCCACCAUAAUGCUGGCCAUUGUCGUAUAAUUGAAAUAUUCUUGAGGUCGACAUAAAAAACCAAUCAAAUAAAUAAAUUAUUCAGUCAAAAAAAAA